AUGGCUAUCACACAGAUGAAACCCCACCAAAAAAGAAAGAUCAUCAUCUUUUCCGACUUCGACGGCACAAUCUUCUUACAAGACACCGGUCAUGUCUUAGUAGACCACCUCGGCUGCGGCGCAGCCUACCGCAACAAACUCGAAGAACAAUUUAAGAGCGGCGAGCGAACCUUCCGCGAUAUCUCAGACGACAUGUGGGGAUCCCUCACCAUCCCCUUCGGCGACGGCUUCGAGAUCAUGGAAAAGAACCUCGAACUAGAUCCCGGCUUCCGUGAAUUCCACCAAUACUGCGCCGCCUCUAUCGAAAUCGUCGCAAACGACCUAAACGCCCCAGGCGGCAUUCCCUGGAAACCCGUCUGGCGCGACAACACCGAUUCAGGCCACGACAAGGGCGCCAGCGUGAACCAAGCGCGCGCAAAAGCCCAAGCCGAAUGCGAACCCGAUGAAAUCCCUCUCAUCGUCUUCAUCGGCGACGGCGUCUCCGACCUCGCCGCUGCCCGUGAAGCAGACGUCCUCUUCGCUCGACGUGGUCUGAGACUAGAGGAAUACUGCAUCGAACACGGUAUCGAGCAUACGCCUUUUGAUGAUUUCUCGCAGAUCAAGAAGGAGAUUGAGGCGAUUAGUCUUGAGGAUCAGAGGAAGACUGGUGGUGUUGGGAAGCCGGUGCGGUAUAACCCGCGUGCGAAUAUGUGGAGGAGGAUUUCUAGUAAGGAGGCUGUUCCGACGCUUAUGGCUACGGCUACGCCUUCGCAGGAUGAGAAGAUGGCGCUUUGGCCGGAUUAUUUCUCUCAGCCUAAGCAGCCUCAGCCGGAGACGAUUACGGAGUGA